AUGUGGAGAACAGGGGAGAAUGGGCGCAGAACGUGGAGAACAGGGGAGAACGGGCCCAGAAUGUGGAGAACAGGGAGAAUGGGCCCAGAACGUGGAAAACAGGGGAGAAUGGGCCCAGAACGUGGAGAACCGGGGAGAAUGGGCCCAGAACGUGGAGAACCGGGGAAAAUGGGCGCAGAACGUGGGGAACAGGGGAGAAUGGGCCCAGAACGUGGAGAACAGGAGAGAAUGGGCACAGAACGUGGAGAACCGGGGAAAAUGGGCGCAGAACGUGGAGAACAGGGGAAAAUGGGCGCAGAACGUGGAGAACAGGGGAAAAUGGGCCCAGAACGUGGAGAACAGGGGAGAAUGGGCGCAGAACGUGGAGAACAGGAGAGAAUGGGCCCAGAAUGUGGAGAACAGGGGAGAAUGAGCGCAGAACAUAGAGAACAGGGGAGAAUGGACGCAGAACAUGGAGAAGAGGGGAGAAUUGGCCCAGAACGUGGAGAACAGGGGAGAACGGGCCCAGAACGUGGAGAACAGGGGAGAACGGGCCCAGAACGUGGAGAACAGGGGAGAAUGAGCGCAGAACGUGGAGAACAGGGGAGAAUGGACGCAGAACGUGGAGAAGAUGGGAGAAUUGGCCCAGAAUGUGGGGAACAUGGGAGAAUGGGCCCAGAACAUGGGGAACAGGGGAGAAUGGGCGCAGAACGUGGAGAACAGGGAGAAUGGGCCCAGAACGUGGAGAACAGGGGAAAAUGGAUGGAGAACGUGGGGAACAGGGGAGAAUGGGCCCAGAACGUGGAGAACAGGGGAGAAUGGGCACAGAAUGUGGGGAAAUCUGGGGAGAAUGGGCCCAGAACGUGGGGAACCCUGGGGAGAAUGGGCUCAGAACGUGGAGAACAGGGGAGAAUGGGCCCAGAACGUGGAGAACAGGGGAGAAUGGACGCAGAACAUGGGGAACAGGGGAGAAUGGGCCCAGAACGUGGAGAAGAGGGGAGAAUGGGCCCAGAACGUGGAGAAGAGGGGAGAAUUGGCCCAGAACGUGGAGAAGAGGGGAGAAUGGGCCCAGAACGUGGAAAACAGGGGAGAAUGGGCCCAGAACGUGGGGAAAAGGGGAGAAUGGGCGCAGAACGCGGAGAACAGGUGAGAAUGGGCCCAGAACGCGGAGAACAGGGGAGAAUGGGCCCAGAACGUGGAGAACAGGGGAGAAUGGGCCCAGAACGUGGAGAACAGGGGAGAAUGGGCCCAGAACGUGGAGAACAGGGGAAAAUGGGCCCAGAAUGUGGGGAACAUGGGAGAAUGGGCACAGAACGUGGAGAACAGGGGAGAAUGGGCGCAGAACGUGGGGAACAGGGGAGAAUGGGCGCAGAACGUGGAGAACAGGGGAGAAUGGGCGCAGGACGUGGAGAACAGGGGAGAAUGGGCGCAGAACGUGGAGAACAGGGGAGAACGGGCCCAGAACGUGGAGAACAGGAGAGAAUGGGCGCAGAACGUGGAGAACAGGAGAGAAUGGGCGCAGAACGUGGAGAACAGGGGAGAAUGGGCGCAGAACGUGGAGAACAGGGGAGAACGGGCCCAGAACGUGGAGAACAGGGGAGAACGGGCCCAGAACGUGGAGAACAGGAGAGAAUGGGCCCAGAACGUGGAGAGCAGGAGAGAAUGGGUGCAGAACGUGGAGAACAGGGGAGAAUGGGCGCAGAACGUGGAGAACAGGGGAGAAUGGGCGCAGAACGUGGAGAACAGGGGAGAUUGGGCGCAGAACGUGGAGAACAGGGGAGAACGGGCCCAGAACGUGGAAAACAGGGGAGAAUGGGCGCAGAACGUGGGGAACAGGGGAGAAUGGGCCCAGAACGUGGAGAACAGGAGAGAAUGGGCACAGAACGUGGAGAACCGGGGAAAAUGGGCGCAGAACGUGGAGAACAGGGGAAAAUGGGCCCAGAACGUGGGGAAAAGGGGAGAAUGGGCGCAGAAUGUGGAGAACAGGGGAGAAUGGGCGCAGAACGUGGGGAACAGGGGAGAAUGGACCCAGAACGUGGAGAACAGGAGAGAAUGGGCGCAGAACGUGGAGAACAGGGGAGAAUGGGUGCAGAACGUGGAGAACAGGGGAGAAUGGGCCCAGAACGUGGAGAAGAGGGGAGAAUGGACGCAGAACGUGGAGAAGAGGGGAGAAUUGGCCCAGAACGUGGAGAACAGGGGAGAAUGGACAUAGAACGUGGAGAACAGGGGAGAACGGGCCCAGAUUGUGGAGUACAGGGAGAAUGGGCCCAGAACGUGGAGAACAGGGGAGAACGGGCGCAGAACAUAGAGAACAGGGGAGAAUGA